AUGGACAUCUCGUCAGCAAGUGACGAGCUCCAGUUGUUGCUAGUCGUCCAUCUCAUCGGCGGGGCCGCCGUCGCCGUCGCCGCCUUCUUCUUCGUCUCCGACAGGAGGAGCGGCCGGAAACCUCGGGAGGAGCUGGCUAACCUGGAUCAGCUGGAGGGCGGGUUCGCCUCCGCGCGCGGGCACGAGACCGAGGAGCAGCGCAACAAGUUCCUGGUGCUCCGCCUCUACGAGGCGCUCAACGGCCGCGACCACGCCGCCGUGCACUCCCUCCUCGCCCCCGACCUCGAGUGCUCCUCCUCCUUCCGCUUCCAGCCGCGCUCCGUCGACGCCUUCGGCUCCACCGUCAUCGCCGAGGGCGUCUCGGCCGCCGGCGAGGACACCAAGGCGGCCUACUGGGUGCACGCCUGGACCGUGGGCUCCGAUGGGGUGAUCACCCAGCUGCGCGAGUACUUCAACACCGACCUCACCGUCACGCGCCUCGCCGCCGCCGCCGCGUCCAAGUGCGUCUGGCAGAGCCGCCGCCCCGACCGCGCCCGCAACUCCCUCCCCGGCCUCGUCCUCGCCCUCUAG